GCGGAACAGCCACAAGUGGCUGUUGAUGUGGGAAAGUUGAUAUCGGAAGUUACGAUGAAGGCGCUUCCGGUUGGCUCCGGAUCUUCCUUCAAAGUUCCUCCGGUCCGCUCCGGCUGAGUCUUGGGCGUUAAAGUCAUGGACGUGAAGAACUCUGGCAUAGUUACUCCCAAAAGAACUGUCUUAUCUGUCAGUGCAAGAAAAAUUAAGGACAAUGCUGCAGAUUGGCACAAUUUAUUAUUGAAAUGGGAGACUCUCAACAACGUGGGGUUUUCUGUUGCAAACAAAAUAGGAAACAUCAAAAUCAGUGCACUUACUGAAGACAAGGUAGAACUAGAAUGCAACAGUUUUGUGUCUGGCUUUCAUUCUCAAAAGGUACAUCCCAAAUAUAAUGAAGAACUUGAAAUGUUGUGCAAGGAACUUCAUGACACCUUGGAAAACUUGGCUAAGGUACAGGUAAAAAUGGAAAAGUUAACAUCAACCACUAAAGGAAUUUGUAAUCUAGAAAAUUAUCAUCGUGGAAAUGGAAAUUAUCAAACACCUCUUUUCCAUACAUGGCCCACAACCUACUUUUAUGAAGUUUCCCAUAAGCUUUCAGAAAUGUAUAAGAAGGAAAUACUCCUCAAACGCACCAUUGUUGAAGAGCUCGCUCAUGCUACAAACCAGGAUCUCAUCUUAAGCUACUUAUCUAUGUGGUUGUACCAGCCCUAUGUUGAGAACAGCAGGCUUGAUGUGGAAAGUAUGCUACUUGAAACUGGACAUCGAGCAUUAUAAUUUUUCCAAAACUAAUUCAUUUUUAAGCCUGAACUCCAAAUACCAGAAUGAACUUUUCUUUACAGUUCUUAUGGUAUAGGCCCAUUGUCGCCUCAUACAUUUCUUCCAAGGUCACAGCUCUCCUCCUUUUCUCACUUUCAGAAUGAGGUGCUUUGAUUCCAUCUUAUGAAGACCAGUCUAGUAGUAACUUUUAAAGCUGAUGCUAGUCAUCCAUUCAGUACCUACUAUCAAAAUACGACCCUCCUUAUUUGACAAACACUACUAGCAAAACUGCUAUGUUUGGCAGAAAAUGUUUAGAUCAGCACUUAACAUAUUUCCACAAUAUAUCACAAAUAGAUUUUCAAUCUGCUUUAAAAAAAAAAUUACACCCACACAAGGGGGUGAAAUCAGCAGCAUGAAAGGAGGUACUUUUCACAGUUAUAAGAAUUCUAAACCAAAGGAUAGAGGUGUUCAUAAAAGAUAACAUCUUAAAUUUCAUAUUAAAAUUGUGUCAAGAUAAUGGAAUGUUUCCCCCCAAAACUGGGGGGACAGAUUAGAAUCCACAUUUAGAAUUUUUAAAUACACAAAAUUAAAACACAUUUGCAGAAACAAAACCAGAGAAACUAGAUCAGGAAAAAUAGUUUAAUCAAAUAACUCAGAAUAAAAUCUGUUAUAGGAAAUAGAUACAAAAAUAUGAUACUAAGAACCAUUUCUUAGCUUAGUGUUCAAAAAGAUAGGAAUAAAUGAACUUCAGAUUUAAGAAAUGCAAUUAACAAACAAAAUAUUACAGCAAUCACUAAGAGAAAUGGACAUUUUAACAACACUAGUUUCACUUCACAUUAAAUUGGACUCAAUUCAUACUGUUGGUAAAAUUCAAACAAUUUGGAACUUUUCAAAAAAAGUCACUAAACUAUUUGAACCCUUUGACCUGGCAGUCCAUCUGCUACAAGGCAUAUAACAACAUGAGGUCAAAGAGAGAUUGCGAGCCCCAUGUUACUAAUAGCACUUUUUAGGGAAGAAACAACAAAUUUGAAUUAUUCAGAAAAACUGGGGAUGAUUUGUAUAAAUUUACAGAGAAUGGAAAAAGCAGAUUCAAGAGGUAUUUCAUGAAAAGAAAAUGGUAAACAAUCAGAAGACUGAAGAUGAAAUGUUUUUUCUUUCAGUAGAAGGUUGAAAGGGUUUUGGGGGGUGGGAUGGGAUGGAUGUGUCAGUUUCACUUCACUUUUUAUUGUGAAGGGGGUGGGUGCAGAGAUAUGUGUACAAAUGCUGUUGUUUUUUUUUAAAAACAAUACAUCAGUUCUUUUUCAGACAUUUGUAAUUGCUCAGUAUCCAACUCAAUUUUCAAGUCCUCAUCUCGGACCAUUGGUAAAUCACAGCUAAGAAGCUCUAUAAUGAAUGCAGCUUUAGAAUUCUGAGUUUUCUUCCUACACUACCUACUUACUAUCUCUCACAGACUAACUGUAAAUGUCAAAUAACCAUGGUCCAUAGUAGGUACAUAAUGCUUAACUGAUUUAUUAUGUGAAUAAUAAAUGGAAAGCUCUGUAA